CGUUUAAAGCCCCCGAUGAAAGGGAUCGAACGACGAUGGGGGAGAAUUGAUGCCGACGGAAGCGAGGGCGGCACGCGAAUGGGGGGAUGGCGUAACGGCGUCAAACCCAUCGGUUCGUUUGUUGUUGCUCUUUUAUUUUUUUUCGUUUUCGUUUGUUUGAAAUCGAGCGAUCGCAACGCCUUGGGUUUUCCCUUGACGACGACGACCCAUGCCCAGCGAUUUUCGACUGUUUGGGAUGGCCUCUGAUGGGUGGCGUUGUCUAAAAAUUAGUACGUGAAAAGAAACCAAAUAAUAAAGGUGUAAAUAGGGAAAGAGAAACGAUGGAUCAGCAGUUCUGCCUCAGAUGGAACAACCAUCCAACCAAUUUGACGGAUGUGCUGUCGAGCCUGCUGCAGAGGCAGGCCCUCUGCGACGUGACGUUGGCGUGCGACGGGGAAGUCCUGCGCGCCCACCAGACCAUCCUCUCCGCCUGCAGCCCGUACUUCGAGAUGCUGCUGAUAAGGAACACGCAUCCGCAUCCCAUCAUCUACCUGAAGGACGUCAACUACCUGGAGAUGAAAGCCCUGCUGGACUUCAUGUACAAGGGCGAGGUGAACGUGUCGCAGAACCUGCUGCCGAUGUUCCUGAAGACGGCGGAAGCUCUGCAGAUACGCGGCCUCACCGACAACAACUCGAUGAACAGUAACAACAGCAGCAGCGGCGGCGGUGGCAAGGGCGCCGCAGACGCUGCGAGCAGCAACAACGAUGUGCCAAAACGGAUGGAACGCGAGUCGCCGCCACACGAGAAGCGGAAGCGGAAAUCGAGCAACUGUGAUACAUCGAAUGCAAACAGUGAUAGAUAUAAUGAUUCUCAGGCCACUAGCAAUUAUAAAACGACAGUACCAAAGCCCAAUCACCCAAUUGAUAAAGAUGUAGCUAGCCCCGAAGAUAUGCGAGUCGCAUCUCCGGUCGUCAAACAAGAAGUAAACAAAGAGAAUAACCUGCAAGUAGAUUCAUACCAUUCUAUGUCCGAAGCCCUGCAAACGAACUGGGGGAGAGAGUCAAAUGAAACGGGCACACUCCGGUACUAUCUCGAAGGGCCGAACCUGAAACAGUCUCAGGUCUCUGAGCAGUUUCAGCUGACGUCCAGCAGAGUUCCGUUGCCCAUACCGCCGGAAAUCUGUCGGCAGAUGGACGUGGAACGCGCGGAAAUGACGACGACGACGACGUCGACGUCGGUCGCGCGACCUCAUCAGCCACACAAACGCGGCACCCGGUUCCGACCCAACUGGCUCAACAAUUACCUCUGGCUGCAGUACGACCAGGCGAACAAUGUCAUGUUCUGCAAGAUCUGCAGGAAGUGGAGUGCGAACGUCCCCGAUAUUCGCACCUCGUUCGCGCACGGCAGCUCCAACUUUCGCUUGGAGAUCGUGAACCACCACGACAAGUGCAAAGCGCACCGGCUCUGCAUGGCCAAGGAGAUCGAGAUCGGCCGAUGGUGCAAACAGUUGGACUCGUUCGAUCAGACCUAACAAACCUGAGAGAAGAUGCUCGCAGCGGUAGUGCCUUCUCGUCAAAGAGAUCUAGUGACAACGUGUCCGCACACACAUUUAUGCAUACGUAUUGCAUAUUAUUGAUUCUUAGUCGUUCCUUCCGCAACAAUUAACCACUUCCUACAUCCCUUAGUAAAUAAAUCAAUAAUAUUUGUUAAACAAUCAUCAUGAUGCUAUCAAGUGGUUCAACAAUUGUUCAAUCUUCGUUUUUGUUUACCCUCUAUUUUGUACAUAUACAACAACAACAACAAACAAACAACAUUUCUAUAUACAUUUUUACGUUUAUAUAAAGUUAUUUAAGACGUGUUUUAUAUAAAAAGUUAUCUAAUUAUCGGUUCACGAUCAAAAAUUCCGACAUUCGAAAUCCCGACAGUAACUUUCAUUAUUUCACACAGACGUGAAUUUAAAAACGAGCGUUUCUUGUGUAAAAAAAAGUACAGUGGUACUUCGACAUUGCUCGUAUAUCAAACCAAUUGGGGCACAUUUUGUUUGCAGCGGUGUAGUGUGGGAUCUUGCUCUCAUCUCAAAGCAAAAUAUCUCAAAACACUCGUAUAUCGAGGUACCACUGUAUAUAAACAAACUAUAUAUAUGUAAGAGACAUCCACAAAGUCUAUACGGCUUAUAAACAAAUACAUAAUAAGUACACUACGUCGGGAAUUUGAUUGUUGGGAUUUAUAUCCUAAUCCGAUAUAACACGAACGUUCCCUUUGUUUUGUUUUUUUUUGUAGUGAAAUCUUAUACAUUGUUAAUUGUUUAAAAAUUUUAUCCU